AAUCCUUUGUACACAGAGACAGAGUUGCUCUGACACAGUGGAAAGCACGCUUGUCUGAGUCUGCAGCGAGCCAGCAUCUUAGCGUGUCCUCGUGUUCCAGUAACCAAGCCUACGAACCAGUCUCAAACUGUAGCAUCAUUGUCGUUGAAAACACAUUUUAAAGGGAGAGCGAAUAAACUAAAAAGCGUUGUCCCCACAGGAGCGAGAAAUGUCUAGUUUAAAGAAAAGAAAUUCGAAUUCGUCCGCCGACCGCAAUGAGGAAGACAAGCAGGUGACGGAGAAGAUGCUCUCCCCAAGCGGAGGGGAGAACGGGAACACAAACCGGACCGGUGCACCGGGAAACGGGGAGAAGGAGGUUGGCAACAUUGAAGGAGAGGAGACGGUAGUUCUACAGAGAACCAUCACGCUAGUUAACGGCGUUGCCAUCAUCGUGGGUACCAUCAUCGGGUCGGGCAUUUUCGUGACCCCCACUGGAGUGAUCAAAGAGGCAGGAUCCGUUGGUCUGUCACUGGUCAUUUGGACUGUCUGUGGGGUGUUCUCGACCAUCGGUGCCUUGUGCUAUGCCGAACUGGGAACAACUAUCUCAAAGUCAGGAGGGGACUAUGCAUAUAUACUUGAGGUUUACGGGUCUUUGCCUGCUUUCCUCAAAUUGUGGAUCGAAUUGCUUAUCAUACGGCCAUCCUCACAAUACAUUGUCGCUUAUGUCUUUGCUACCUACCUCCUCAAACCCAUCUUCCCGGACUGCCCAGUGCCCGAGACAGGAGCGAAGUUAAUCGCUUGUCUUUGUAUCCUGCUGCUUACGGCGGUGAACUGCUACAGUGUGAAGGCCGCCACCAGGGUCCAGGACGCCUUCGCUGCUGCCAAACUGCUCGCCCUCGGCCUCAUCAUCGUCAUCGGCUUUGUGCAGAUCGGCAAAGGUGACACAGUCUACCUCCUACCAGAGAAUUCUUUCAAGGGUUCUAAGUCAGACUUCGGGAACAUCGGCCUGGCGUUGUACAGUGGCCUUUUUGCCUAUGGAGGCUGGAACUAUUUGAAUUUUGUCACUGAAGAAAUGAUUGAGCCUUACAAGAACCUGCCUCGGGCAAUCAUCAUCUCGCUGCCCAUUGUCACAGUGGUGUACGUGCUCACCAACCUGGCCUACUUCACCACGCUCAGCCCAGAAGACAUGCUAACCUCUGAGGCCGUGGCUGUGGACUUUGGGAACUACCACCUGGGCUACAUGGCUUGGAUCAUCCCUGUAUUUGUGGGGCUGUCCUGUUUUGGCUCUGUCAACGGCUCCCUCUUCACCUCAUCCAGGUUGUUCUUUGUGGGCUCCAGGGAGGGUCACCUACCCAGUCUGCUGUCCAUGAUCCACCCCACCCUGCUGACCCCCCUCCCCUCCCUCCUCUUCACAUGUGUCAUGACUCUGCUGUACGCGUUCUCCAACGACAUCUUCUCAGUCAUCAACUUCUUCAGCUUCUUCAACUGGCUCUGCAUCGCUAUGGCGAUCAUCGGCAUGAUGUGGCUGCGCUACAAGAAGCCUGAGCUGGAGCGACCAAUCAAGGUGAACAUCCUGCUGCCCAUCAGCUUCGUGUUGGCCUGCCUCUUCCUCAUUGUGGUGUCAAUCUGGAAGACGCCCCGGGAGUGUGCCAUCGGUUUUGGCAUCAUCGCCACCGGUGUGCCUGUCUACUACUUUGGCGUGUGGUGGCAGAGCAAGCCCAAGUGGCUUCUCCAGGCUAUAUUUUCAACCACUGCACUGUUUCAGAAGAUGAUGGAGGUCGUGCCGCAAGAAUCUUGAAGACGAUCAGAGACUAAGCCUUUAGAUGGCCACCACUCCCUCCCACCCCCACCCCAGUCCCAGCUCCUACCCCAGACACAACCCCACCCCAGUCUCAGCUCCUACCCCAGGCACACCCCCACCCCAGUCCCAGCUCCUACCCCAGACACACCCCCACCCCAGUCCCAGCUCCUACACGUAGACACACCCUAUAGCCUGUUCUUCAUGUGUCUCUUCAUGAAAAUCUCUAGCUCUCUUUCAUAUAGGCAAUCGUAUUGUUACAGUGUUCGAGUGAAGAAGAGCCAUGCUGUUAGCCAUACCUCACUUCCCCUGCCCCCCCUCCUACAGACCCAGCAGGACACCCUCCAACAACUCGGGUCGUCUAAUUUCGAAAUAUUCCCAUGUCCAGUGCAAAGAUUCUGUGGCUAGUGGACUGUGUGUAAAGACUUGACUCGUUGUAUUGUUACAUUCAUUUGCUUUUUUGGUUUGUUUGUUUGUUUUUUUACUUCGUACCUAAUCCAGCUAUCAACUGAAAUGUAUUUAAGUCAUUUUUUUAACUAUUGUUUUAAUCUUAAGCAAAAUCAGCUCCCUCUCACCCACUCCACGCAAAUGACCAUGGCUACUCCUUUCAGCACCUUACACGCUGCCUCCUGCAGCACCCUGUGUGUGUGGCGUGUGUGCGUGCAAAUUUGUUUCAGAGUACUUGUAGUGACUUGUCUAACUACUUGCUUGUAGUUAGGGUAGUUGGGGAGCAAGGACAAAUAUACUUGUCGGUAUCAACCAAUAUAAAAGGAGCUGGUUAAAACCCAAACCCCAACAGCUUCUACCCAGCGUUCUGAGACUCACACACAGCUCUCCAGUAUCACCGCUAAAGUUAGACCAAGACGUGAACAGGCCCCUUAAGAUGAAGUUAGACUAUGUUUUUACCCAGUUAGCUACAUGGUGAAAUAUGAGCUUGCUGCUUUAUUUUUUUAAUACCUGUAGAUAAAGAUUUCUACUGUUCAUGAGUUUUAUUUUUCUAAGUCAAUGCAGUGGCCCAAUUCUUUUCAAACGGGCCCUAUGCGAUCUCUAUAGACUGAGAAGGUGAAGCGUCCUUUAAAAUACUUUGGACACAAUUAGUGGUUUUAGACCUGUCAGUAUACGUUGUCACCUUUAUGAUUAUAGUUACUAUGACAACACGUGUCAAUACAGUAUUGGUUAUGAGUACUGUACGUGCAAAUCAACAGAGAGAGUGUUUGUAGGUCGGACGACUCUUGAGAAUAUCAGACUGGUUUUUGUAACAGACAGAUAGACAAGCCUGCAGGCUGCAGGGAGAGAACAGUCUCUCAUAUAUAUUUCAUGCCCUUACCAUAGAGUUGAAUUGCUGUCAUUUAUAAGAAGAAGACAUUUUUAGUUGUUUUUGUUUGUAGUAUGUACUGGUAUGUCUGACAGUGGAGGACCUGAUCUCAGCCCCUGGGGAAGGGACUCAAUAGGAUCAGCAGAACGUCCAGUUAGUUAGCAGAAGGCUACCGUGUUUCGGUCACGCCUCGCUAGGAACACUGUGGUCACAGUCACUGUAGGUAACCCUGUAACUAGGUCUGACAAUGACCUCAAGUUCAGGAGUUUGUGUGUGUGUGUUUGUGUGUGCGGAUUAACCUGCCAUUUGGCGAUUGUCGAUACAAAAGAGUAAACUGACUAAUAGCUGUAUUAUUAAUCAAGUAAAUGUUGUUUCAUGUGUGAAUAUGAUCUGGUGUGUGUGUGUGUGUGUGUGUGUGUGUGUGAGUAUAGAUGUGCAUCUGUUUGUGUUCGUAAUUUCCCUUGGUCAAAUGCUCUGUUGUCGUAGCUACUGCAUCAGCAACAAUCAUUAGGGUGUCAGGUGGCUAGGCUAGAACAGGACAGACAGGUCUAGGUUAGGUUAGGCUAGAACAAGUUAUUCUAGAUAAACUCAAGCUGGGUUUGGCUAGGACGGGUUAGUUUUGAUUAGGUCAAGAUGGGCUAUGCUUGGCUAGGCUGUGUUAGGUUAGCUUUGUUUAUAUUGGGUUUAGCUUGGCCGUGUCGGGUUAGUUUGGGUUGGGGGGAGUGGAGGGU